GUAGGUUGGUUAGAAGUCUCAUAGCGGACAACGCCCACAGAUGUGUCACUGUGACCCCAAAUUUACUAUUUUGGGCUGAUAAAGAAUACACAAUUGCGCACGGUGGGCUUUGCGUCAGGCAGCGCGCUCUCGCACUCUGCGCAUUUCUGGACUGGUUCAGUCGUGUUAGCGGAAACGGCACAUCAAGUGCCUCAACGAGAAAACACUGUAUAGGAGCCGUUAGAUUAAUACUCCAGGUUCAUAUCACUGCUUGAGAUCUAUAUGAGCACAUUUGCAUCUUAUCCUAUCUCUUCGACAUCCAUUAAGAGCACAAACCUUUAUUCUCCACACCUGUCUCCCUCAAGCCAAAGGGGAAACUAUUGUCCUCUAUUCUGCCCUGUUCUUCUUUCACACCUUUAAUUGUCGGGAUAACCACGACACGGCAGAACCAUGCCCAAGAGCAGUAAAGUGACUCAGCACGAGCACAGUAAUGAGCAUGUCACAGAGUCUGUGGCCGACCUCCUGGCACUGGAGGCUCCCAUGGACUACAAGAGCAGCCAGAUGAGCAUGAACGUGGCGGGAGGAGGCGCACCACCCAUAGGCAAGCCAGACAUCUUCCCCGACCUGGAAGAUGGUCGCCCUGCCUGGAACAGUAAGUUGCAGUACAUUCUGGCCCAGGUGGGCUUCUCGGUGGGCCUGGGCAAUGUGUGGCGUUUCCCUUACCUUUGCCAGAAGAAUGGAGGAGGUGCCUACCUUGUUCCAUACUUCAUCCUGCUUAUUCUUAUUGGCGUUCCACUCUUCUUCUUGGAACUGGCAGUUGGCCAGAGGAUCCGUCGAGGGAGCAUUGGAGUGUGGAAUUAUGUUUGUCCACGACUCGGUGGGAUUGGAGUGUCCAGCCUGAUGGUGUGUGGCUUUGUGGGUCUGUACUACAAUGUGAUCAUUGGCUGGAGCAUCUUCUACUUUUUUCAGUCUUUUCAGUAUCCUCUGCCCUGGAGCGACUGUCCCAUCCGAAGGAAUGGCAGCCAAGCCAUUGUGGAACCAGAGUGUGAGAAGAGCUCAGCAACCACGUACUUCUGGUACCGCGAGACCCUGAACAUCACCAGCACAAUUGCUGACAGCGGGGGUCUGAACUGGAAGAUGACUCUGUCCCUGCUGGCUGCCUGGAUAAUUGUCUGUCUGGCUGUAAUAAGGGGCAUUCAGUCUUCUGGGAAGGUGAUGUACUUCAGCUCUCUUUUUCCCUAUGUGGUGCUCUUCUGCUUCCUGGUGAGGGGGCUGUUUCUUAAAGGAGCAGUAGAUGGUAUCGCUCACAUGUUCACACCCAAGCUGGAGAUCAUGCUGGAGCCACAAGUGUGGCGUGAGGCUGCCACUCAGGUCUUCUUUGCUCUGGGUCUGGGUUUCGGAGGAGUCAUUGCUUUUUCCAGCUACAACAAGAGAGAUAACAACUGCCAUUUUGAUGCCGUGCUGGUCUCCUUCAUCAACUUCCUGACCUCUAUACUGGCCACACUAGUGGUGUUUGCUGUGCUGGGCUUUAAAGCCAAUAUCAUGAAUGAGAAAUGUGUGGUGGAGAAUGCUGAAAAGAUUCUGGGCUAUUUAAACUCAAAUGUGCUAAGUCAGGAUCUUAUUCCCCCUCAUGUCAACUUCUCCCACCUUACCUCGUCUGACUAUGCUGAGUUGUACGGUGUGAUAAAAAUUGUGAAAGAAGACAGCUUUGAACAGCUGGGGCUGGAGCAGUGUUUGCUGGAGGAUGAACUCAAUAAGUCUGUUCAAGGCACUGGUUUGGCUUUUAUUGCCUUCACAGAGGCCAUGACCCAUUUUCCAGCUUCUCCAUUUUGGUCUGUCAUGUUUUUCUUCAUGUUAAUUAACCUGGGACUGGGCAGCAUGAUUGGCACCAUGACUGGCAUCACCACACCAAUUCUGGAUGCCUUCAAAAUUCGCAAAGAGGUCCUCACAGUGGGCUGCUGCAUUGUGGCCUUUUUUUGCGGCCUGCUGUUCGUCCAGCGUUCAGGGAACUACUUUGUCACCAUGUUUGAUGACUACUCUGCUGGUCUGCCUCUCACCAUUGUGGUGAUUCUAGAGAAUGUAUCUGUAGCCUGGAUCUAUGGCACCAAAAGGUUCAUGCAGGAUCUGGAGGACAUGCUGGGUUUCAGGCCUUACACUGUAUACUUCUAUCUGUGGAAGUACGUGUCUCCAGUGUGCCUGAUCAUACUGAUUUCUGCAUCUGUUGUAGAGAUGACCAUCAGCCCUCCAGGAUACAAUGCAUGGGUGCAGGACCUGGCCAUGGAGAGGUUUCAGAGUUAUCCUCCUUGGGCUCUAGUGAUGUGUUUCGCUCUCAUUAUUGUAGCCAUGCUUCCUCUUCCACUGGUUUUCCUUGCUCGUCACUUUAACUGGCUCCCUGAUGGCUCCAACAAGCUAUCCGUCUCUUACCGCAAGAGUCUGGCAAAGGAGGCUUCCACCCUGGAAGAUGAGACAAGGUUUAUACUUGGAAAGAACCCCAGCGAAGCUCCAUCUCCAAUGCCCAGUCACCGUGCUUAUCUGGGCCCAGGCAGCACCUCUCCUGUGGAACUCAUCACCAACUCUACCUCUAUCAGCGGAUAUGGCAGCAGUUAUCAGACCAAUCCUGCCCCCCCCAAAUCUGAGUCAUGAUCCUUCAACCCACCAACCAGAGACUGAGAGAGAAAGAGAGAAGAGAAGAUAGGAACAUGCUGAACAGAUAAGAAGGUCCUAGUGUUGGUCACACCUUAACCCAAGCCAUGCAGAGGAGCAGGAUAACAAGAAAAUGGAAAGAAAGACACAGAGAUCCUUCACUAUAUCACACGUGCAGCCCUACCUACAGUAAGCAAGGAACAUGCCAUUAUACAGACAGCCUCCUCUGCGCCCUUUUAUUCAUUCAGACUAAAGAUGCUGUUCUUAAGGUGAGACCCCAGGGCUUCCAGAUCAGUCGCAUAACUGAAUGUAAGGUGGCUUUGUGAGUUUGACUGUAAAUCUUAUUUUCAUAUACAGAUAAAUUAAAUCAACCCUUAGAAGAAAUGAAAUGAAAUGAAAACAAAUCAUCAUUUAUUCACCCUCAUUUUGUUCCAAACCCAUCUGACUGACUGACUUAUAUGUAACACAAAAGGAGGUGUUAGGCAGUGUUAGUCACCAUUCAGUUUUAUUGUAUGAAAUAAAGAUGCAAUGAAAGUGAAUGGUGACUAAGGCGAAAACCUAUUUUUGUGUUCCUUAGAAGAAAGAAAGUCUUGCCAGUCAUAGGGGGAACAACUUGAGGAUGAGUAAUGAUUAAAAAAAAAAAACAUUUUUAAGUGAAAUAUCCCUUAAUAUAGUAAUGACGAAAAUGAAGAAAACAUAAUCAACAGAUUAAUACCAUGAGAAAAGCGGGUUUUUUUUUUAGUCCUAACCAGCCGUGGCUGCGACAAGUUCCUCAUCCACAGUGAAAUCUAAUUAGACCAAAAUCCUGCUCCUCAUAACUGCAUAUUAAACAUCCAUAAUCACAACAGUUUCAUUUAAAAUUGCUUGUCGUUUGAAAUUUGAUGCAUCACUCCUGGUUAGGACACAUCGUGAGAAGUUAUGUCUCUGUGACUGGUCUGGGGCCCAGUAAAUGCCAUAGGGGUGUUAACACACCCCUCUCUGUGUGUGUUGUGGUGAUCGUUCUUGCUCAGGUUAAGGUGUUGCCAAUGAUGCUGAACUCUAGACAUCAUACAGUAUGCAGAAGAUGCCAUACAAGAGCCUCAUUAUCCUGCAGGAUUUUUAUUUAAACCCACAUUCAGAGCUCUGAAGACAACUCAGAGGGGCUUCAGAGAAACUUAAACUUUCACUUAAUGAUAAUAAGCCCUCUAAUAGAUAUUUAAGUAUCACUGUUAAGUACAGACCACCUGACAGUAGAGCAAAUUGAUAGCUGUUAAAAAAGUAAAGCACAUGUUCCUUUUUUCCAAGUGUUCUUGGUUAUAGAGUUUACAGACUUUGUACUACUACAGUCUGUCAUGUUCACAUUUUACCACUGGAGGGCAAUAUACAGUAUACUAUGUAUUCGUAAACAACACACAUAGUCUCAGUGCAGUAUAUCAUAUAUAUACAGUAUCAGUGUCAGGUACAGGCUGUUUUUGCCACUAGAUUAAGCUUCUUUUCUAAGUUUCAUUUUUGGAAAGUUUAUGUAGAGGUUUUUAUUUUUUUUUAAUAAAGAAAACAAGAAAUGUGACUGCCUGAUGAUAGGUGAUAUUUACAGUGCAAAGCACAAGAAAUGAUGUACAGUUUCAGAAUGCAAUAAGGGGUACAGAUUUAGCCAAGUUAGCUCCACCAAUUACAAUAGCUCUAACACUAAUAACACAUUAAUUUAAGAGCAACAUUUGCAUAUCUGCAGUGGCAAUAAAAGGGAUUUUGUUGAAUGGCAUUAACUGGCAUUCAUUCUCUCAGCUUUACUUUCCAACCCAGUUCUAAACCAGUGGAGACAUACUGUAUGUAAAAGUGAAAUCUACAGUUUUUCAGUUUCUACCGACAGUUAUAGCGCUUAGUGGAGACUAGCCUAUAUCGCAGAAUAUAUGUAAUAAUACUGUAAUUCCAAGUGACUAAUUCCAAGUGACUCUUAAUAGGGGAUGGUACUUAAAACUACUGUAUGUUAUGUUUUUAGUAACUUAUAUUUUGCCACAAAACAUUUAAAUGGUUAAGAAGUGCUGUUUGCUUAUGAUUUACCAAUGUCAAUGUCUUUUUUUACAUAUACAUACAGUAUGUGAGUUUACUGCAUGGAGAAUUAUUUGACCCUUGUUCAACACUGUCCAUUUUCCGAACUGCGCUGCUGAUCUCUGGAACAUAUGCAAUAUAA